AUGCCUACCGACAAGCCGUCAAAUGGCGUUUCCGGCCGCAUCAUCAACUGCGUCUCGCAACUCCCCUACAAGAUCAGCAGAAAUGACUCGCUAGACCCCGCAACCGGCACCAAGGGCUGCGGCUGGCAGAUUACCCCCGUCAUGGGCAACAGCGCCCUCUACUCCUCGCUCUACUAUCUCCGCGACAGCUCUCAGUGGGAGGAACACGUCGUGGGCUGGACCGGCGAAAUCGACCCCGGCAACGGCUUCGCGUACGUGGCCUCCACGGACCAGCCCGCCCCCGUCAGCGACAAGGACUCCAAGUACAUGGGCGGCGACGCCAGCGAGGACCCGCUCUACCUCUCCAAAGAAGAGAAACGCGUGCUGGCCGAAAUGCUCCAAAACGAAGAAGACGCCAAGCACAAACUCACCAUCCACCCCGUGUGGCUGCUGCGUAGGGACCAGAGCCGUUGGCGCGAGUACGCGGAAAACGUCGUGUGGCCCGCUCUCCACUACAUUCUAAACCCCCCCGACGACGGCCAAAAGGAAAAUACCUGGUGGUACGACUACGUCAAGUUCAACGAGGCCUACGCCAUGAAGGUCGCCCAGAUAUACCAACCCGGCGACAUCAUCUGGGUCCACGAUUACUAUCUCAUGCUGUUGCCCCAGUUGCUGCGCAUGCGCUUCCAGGAUGCGCUGAUCGCCUAUUUCCACCACACCCCUUGGCCCAGUAACGAGUACUUCCGUUGUCUCUCCAAGCGUAAACUGUUGCUGGACGGCAUUCUCGGAAGCAACCGCGUGUGUUUCCAAAACUUUGGUUUCGCAAGGCACUUUGUGUCUGGUUGCAAACGGUUGCUCGACUCCACAUCCACAAAGAUGAAAUCCAAAGACGACGGUACCGACGGGUGGCUCAUCAGCGCUUACGGCGGUGAUGUCGUCGUGGACUCUUCCCCCAUCGGCGUCGACACCCACGGCCUGCUCACCGAAGCAUUCACCUCCGACAUAGACCAGAAAGUCGCCACCAUCAAACAAGCGUACGUGGGCAAAAAGAUCAUUUUUGGUAGCGAUAGACUGGACACCGUCAACGGAGUCGUUCAGAAGUUACAAGCAUUUGAAACCUUUUUGGCCAUGUUCCCCCAAUGGAGAGAUAAAGUCGUGCUCAUCCAGGCCAGUAGUCCCGGAUCCGCCGAAAUCGACUUGAGAUUGGAACAACAGGUCAACGAUCUCGUCAACUCCAUCAACUCCCAAUACGGUAACCUCAAUUUUUCCCCCGUCCAGCAUUACCACAUGCGAAUCCCAAGAGACGUGUAUCUAUCAUUACUACGGGCUGCUGAUCUGUGCGUGAUUACCAGUGUUAGAGAUGGAAUGAACAUAACCGCCCUUGAGUAUGUGACUGUGAAAAGCAAAAAAUCAAAUGAAAACUGUUACGCAAACCCAUUGGUAUUAAGCGAGUUUUCUGGUAGCAGCACCGUUUUGAAAGAUGCUUUGAUCGUGAACCCUUGGGACUCAGUAGCCGUAGCGAAAACGAUCAACAAAGCCCUUUUAAUGCCAGCGGAUGAAAAGGUUUCUUUAGAGUGUAAGCUUUGGUCUUGUGUACCCACCAUUCAGGACUGGAACGACAAAUUUUUGGCUCGCAUGAUUGCCAUUGCCGAAAAGGAAUCCCAGGAUAACAAGAUCACACCCGCUUUGAAUAGACCGCUCCUGUUGAAAAACUACCAACUUGCAAAACGUCGCCUCUUUCUUUUCGAUUAUGACGGUACUUUAACACCUAUCGUACAAGACCCCGCCGCAGCUAUUCCAAGUGCCAGACUUUACAGAAUCUUAUCCAAAUUGGCUGCCGAUCCUAAAAAUCAAAUCUGGAUCAUUUCGGGACGUGACCAGCAGUUUCUUUCCAAAUGGUUGGGUUCUCGCAUGCCACAACUAGGUUUAAGCGCAGAGCACGGAUGCUUCUUAAAAGACGUAUCAUCCACGGAUUGGGUUAACUUGACCACUAAGUUUGAUAUGUCCUGGCAAAUCAAAGUAAGCGAGGUUAUGGAUCAUUACACAUUACACACACCGGGCUCCUCUAUUGAACGUAAGAAGGUCGCCCUCACGUGGCAUUACAGAAGAGCCGAUCCGGAACUCGGUGAAUUCAAUGCAGCUAAAAUGAAGGAAAAAUUAGAAGAAUUUACAAAAGAUUUGGGUUUGGAAGUAAUGGAAGGUAAAGCCAAUAUAGAGGUACGUCCCAAAUUCGUCAACAAGGGAGAAAUCGUCAAGAGAUUGGUUUGGCAUCCUCAUGGUGAGAAGCAAUUGGGAAAUGACGAGUUUACCCCCGAUGAAAACGUUCCAAAAGAUCAACUUCCAGAAUUCAUUCUGUGCCUCGGUGAUGAUGCUACUGAUGAGGAUAUGUUUAGGCAACUCAAUAGUAUUGAGAGUCAAUGGCAAUCCAAAUUCCCCAAGGACACAAACGAAUGGGGUCAUUAUGGUAUAUAUCCAGUUACUGUGGGUUCGGCAUCUAAGAAAACCGUUGCCAAAGCCCAUUUGACAGACCCUCAACAAGUUCUGGACACUUUAGGUUUGUUAGUUGGCGAUGUUUCUUUGUUCCAAAGUGGUGGUACUGUUGAUUUGGAUGAUAGGGGUCAUCUUGUUAACAGUGAAAGCAGCGUCAAGUCUGAAAUAGCAGGUGCUGCUUACAACAAAAGAACUGCAUCUCAAAAAUGA